UCUUUUUAUUUUUUCUUGUUUUCGUCCCCCGAACCAGAAGUGCUUCACUACGGUACACGAAUUUUUAUUCCGUUGAUAGCGUUGGUUUUUUUUCGAUUUCCCCGUACACAACGACAACGAAAAGUGUCCACGACAAACAACAACGGCACCGCCAACAGCAUCGUCGUCGUAGUUUGCGUGACGGCCUUUAAGAAAUCAACGGACGACAUGUAACGCGGUCACGACCGUUUUUCGAUUCAAUCUAAACGACUGCCGAUCGCGGACGCCCCGGGGGCCGUACAACAACGUCCUGUCUGGCCGACGGUUUCCAAACGUCUUCGGAAAAAGAUCUGAUGUCCGUCGUAUUGCUCCAGUUCAACUCUGUCGCUAAAUGAUGAAAAUGAGCGACGAAACGCCAGUCAGUUCUCUGGUUCUACCAGUAUUGAUCAGGCCGAUUUUGUCUCAGUUAGAGAAACGCAAUGUUUCUGCGUCGCAAACUCUACGGUCAGCAUUGUUUAAAACAGAAAAUACUCAUCCAGGGUUUGCGUAUAAUUUGGUUGCUGGAAUAAUGAAACAAGGUGAUAUUAGUAUUAAUAUGAAUGAGAGUGUUUUAAGACUUCAAGGCACAGUUUCUGAUCUAGAAGGUGGUGAAUAUAGGUUAAAUAGAUCUGAAGAUGCAUUUCAAGAAUUAAAUAAAAAGUCUAUGGCUUUAAAAAGAAUAUUAAGUCGCAUACCAGAUGAAAUCAAUGAUCGUAAAACCUUUUUGGAAACAAUUAAAGAGAUAGCUAGUGCUAUAAAAAAAUUACUUGAUGCAGUAAAUGAAGUAUCUGCAUAUAUUCCAGGGCCUAGUAACAAACAAGCAUUAGAACAGAGAAAACGUGAGUUUGUUAAGUAUUCCAAACGGUUCAGUAAUACACUAAAAGAUUACUUCAAGGAAGGACAUGCCAAUGCAGUAUUUAUCAGUGCCUUAUAUUUAAUUCACCAAACAAACCAAAUUAUGAUAACCGUAAAAAGUAAAUGUGAAUAAAAAUGCUCUUAUAUUUCAAUUAAUAAUUAAGCAAUGUAAUACAUUCCACUACCAAUUAUUUAUUACAAUUAUUGUUCUCAUAGGAAAAAAGGAAACAAUGUUAUAUAGUUUUAAAAUAAUGUCGAAUUAUAUUAUUAAUAUCUAUAUUGUAUUUGCUAUUUAAAUACAUUGUCAUAUUUAGAAAAUUAUUUAUAAAUAACAUUAUUUUUACAAAUACUUUUGAUUGAUUUAUGGACAAUAUUGAUUUGGUUUUGAGUUUAUGGGUUUGAAAACCUUGGUUUUAUUGAAGUCAAAUUUCUACUUUUUUUUUCUCAAUAUGUUUUAAUUAGCAAAAUCUUAUUACAAAUUAUAAUAUGUUAUAGCAUUUGUCCAAUACGGAAAAUAUUUUUCUUUGUUAACAUUUGAUUAUGAUUAUGAUUUGAAUUACUAUCAACAGUGUUAACUCACAACUAUUAUUUUAUACAUUUAUUAAAUAUUCUUAAAUGUUAUAUUUUUAUGCACCAGUAUUAUAGUAAAGAAUUGUGAUUAAGUACAAGUUGUACCAAUAAUAAAUUCUGAUAUCAUACAUAAAAGAUAGUGUGUUGAGUAUCAAAAUACAAUUAUUACCAUUAUUUAUUAUUAUAACUAAAAUAAACUGUAAAAUACAAUUUUUAUUUUUGAAAUAAUUAUAAUGUUUAAAACUUUUCAAAGCUCUAUUUUUAUUUAUAAUGAAUAAGCAACUGUUAACCCUUAUCAUAAACAUAUUACUAUUUACCCAACUAAUGUAUUGUAACUGUAUUAAUCAUAU